UAUGUUUUGAUAAUGGCCUCCUGAUUAAGGUGGACUUGGAGAUGACCAUGUAGUAGUUUGUAGCUUUUAGGGCACCAUACAUUAUUAAACGUUGAAUCAGUUUCUAUAUGGAGAAGCCAAUUUUUUCUUUAAUUUUAGUUACUUUCAUUUUUGACCUUCCCUGCUAUUGUGGCUGCUGUUUGAGAAAAGGUCAACUGGAAGAGGGUCACCAAGAAUGACACCUUAAUCAGAGAAGCAGAGAACAGAGAGUUUGAGAUUUUGUAUUCUCUUUCAGCUCAGUAACAGUCUUAUUAUGAAUCUGAAAUUCCUCAGAGAGAGAAGACUGUAAUAAUGGCGAACCCCCUAGGAAGAUAAUACCAGAGAAGAAUUCACUUAGACAGACUUAUAACAGCUGUGCCAGACUUUGCUUAAACCAAGAAACAGUAUGUCUAGCAAGCACUGCUAUGAAGACUGAAAAUUGUGUGGCCAAAACAAAGCUUGCCAAUGGCACUUCCAGCAUGAUUGUGCCCAAGCAACGGAAACUGUCUGCAAGCUAUGAAAAGGAAAAGGAACUGUGUGUCAAGUAUUUUGAGCAGUGGUCAGAGUCCGAUCAAGUGGAAUUUGUGGAACAUCUUAUAUCCCAAAUGUGUCAUUACCAACAUGGGCACAUAAACUCAUAUCUUAAACCUAUGUUGCAGAGGGAUUUCAUAACUGCUCUGCCAGCUCGGGGUUUGGAUCAUAUUGCUGAGAAUAUUCUGUCAUACCUGGAUGCCAAAUCAUUAUGUGCUGCUGAACUAGUGUGUAAGGAAUGGUACCGAGUGACAUCUGAUGGCAUGUUAUGGAAGAAGCUCAUCGAGAGAAUGGUCAGGACAGAUUCUCUGUGGAGAGGCCUGGCAGAACGAAGAGGGUGGGGACAGUAUUUAUUCAAAAACAAACCUCCUGAUGGGAAUGCUCCUCCCAACUCUUUUUAUAGAGCACUUUAUCCUAAAAUUAUACAAGACAUUGAGACAAUAGAAUCUAAUUGGAGAUGUGGAAGACAUAGUUUACAAAGAAUCCACUGCCGAAGUGAAACAAGCAAAGGAGUUUACUGUUUACAGUAUGAUGAUCAGAAAAUAGUAAGCGGCCUUAGAGACAACACAAUCAAGAUCUGGGAUAAAAGCACAUUGGAAUGCAAGCGAAUUCUCACAGGCCACACGGGUUCUGUCCUGUGUCUCCAGUAUGAUGAGAGGGUGAUCAUAACUGGAUCAUCGGAUUCCACGGUCAGAGUGUGGGAUGUAAAUACAGGUGAAAUGCUGAACACACUGAUUCACCAUUGUGAAGCAGUUCUGCACUUGCGUUUCAAUAAUGGCAUGAUGGUGACCUGCUCCAAAGACCGUUCCAUUGCUGUGUGGGAUAUGGCCUCCCCAACAGACAUUACUCUCCGGAGGGUGCUGGUCGGACACCGAGCUGCUGUCAAUGUUGUAGACUUUGAUGACAAGUACAUAGUUUCUGCAUCUGGGGAUCGAACUAUAAAGGUAUGGAACACAAGCACUUGUGAAUUUGUGAGGACCUUAAAUGGACACAAACGAGGCAUUGCCUGUUUGCAAUACAGAGACAGGCUGGUAGUGAGUGGCUCUUCUGACAACACUAUCAGAUUAUGGGACAUAGAAUGUGGUGCAUGUUUGCGAGUGUUAGAAGGCCAUGAGGAAUUGGUGCGUUGUAUUCGAUUUGAUAACAAGAGGAUAGUCAGUGGGGCCUAUGAUGGAAAAAUUAAAGUGUGGGAUCUUGUGGCUGCUUUGGACCCUCGUGCUCCUGCAGGGACACUCUGUCUACGGACCCUUGUGGAGCAUUCCGGAAGAGUUUUCCGACUCCAGUUUGAUGAAUUCCAGAUUGUCAGCAGUUCACAUGAUGACACAAUCCUCAUCUGGGACUUCCUAAAUGAUCCAGCUGCCCAAGCAGAACCUCCCCGUUCCCCUUCUCGAACAUACACCUACAUCUCCAGAUAAAUAACCAUACACUGACCUCAUACUUGCCCAGGACUCAUUCAAGUUGCGGUAUUCAACAUAUCUGCCAACACCAGGACGAGCAACAACAGUAACAACCAAACUACUACCCGGUUUCCCCGGACUAGCUGGGGAGCAGGGCUUUGAGACUCCCGUUGGGACACAGUUGGUCUGCAGUCGGCCCAGGACGGUCUACUCAGCACGGCUGACUGCUUCAGUGCUGCUACCAGAAGAUGUCUUCUAUCUUUCAUGAAUGAUUGGAACUUUUAAACCUCACCUCCCCUCAUCUUUUCCCCUCUGCACCUAUUUUUUCCCCAUUUGGUUCCAGACAAAGAUGACUUAUAAAUAUAUUUAGUGUUUUGCCAGAAUCUCUCUUGCUUUGCCAUUAAGCAGAAGAACUAGUUUCCCUGUAUAGGCUACUGGGAGAGACCCACUUCUAGGGAAGAGGUGUAUGCACCUUCAAUCCAGACAGCACCCAGUGUCUCCCUGGCCAGAGCUGCCCAGCCCCACUAUGCUUAGGAGGAGACAGAGCUCUCUCUGUAUGGCCUCCAGGGCAAGGAAAGAAAAUAAGAAUACACAUACCAGAAGAUCUGGGCCUCUUGCCUCCCUUCUCUUUCUCUCUGUCCCUGUUCCCUGCUACCCUCCCAACCACCCCCCAAACUGUUUCUCUGCUCCACCUGAGAAGAAAGUAUAUGAAGAGAGUGUCCUCAGUUAGCAUGAGGCAGAUCAGCUAGAAAGUGCAGCACUUGGAAGAGUUAAAUACUGUUCAGUCAAAAUUCCAAACCCAGGCUUUUGCUGCAAGUGCCCCGUGGCAACAGUGGAUUCUUGGACAUGAUACUCUCGUCAUAUUUGCAAUUCUUCUCUCUUCUCCUUCCUUCCACCCAAAGGUGGAGGCAAUGGGGGGAGAAAUUUCCUGGGCUCCAUCAAUGGCUGCAUCUUUUCUGGACUCAGCAGUCUCCUCGAUUCCAUGUAGAGUGUGGAAAGGAGUUGCUGAUUGCAUUUCCUCUCAUUAACAAUUAGGUGUGUAAUAAAAAGCAUUGUACUUCAUCUUAAAUCACUGGUAAGGCUCAGCCUACAGAAAGGUUUGAAAUGGCCAGAGUCAUUCUGCAUAAUGGUUCCCAUCUCAGAUUUCCUCAUCAGGGCCUGUGCACACCCAGGCGCCUGUAUCUUGCAAAGACCACAGUCGGAGUAGCUUAAGAGAUGGUCAGGAGUGAAAACUGAUUUUCUUUUUCAUUUAGGUCAGUAAGUAUUAUCUCUCAAAAAUUAAUCUAACCAUCUCAUCCUUGCACCACAGAACCUUCCCUCUGCUUCGCCCACACCUUGUAUGUGCAAAAGGGCAAAGCUGCCUGAAAGAGAGGAUCAGGGUGACAUUUGGCACACAGGGUCUAUUAAUGGGGCAGAAACUGCCUUCUUUCAUUUCCUCCUCCUCCUGGACUUAUUUUGCUCUUCACUCUCCCCAGCCAAUAAAAUUUCUCUGGCAGUUGGUAAACAACAUAAACAAAUGGACCUCAGCAAGGGCCAGGCUCACCUGGCAGCUUGGAAGGCAGCUGUGUGGGCUCCCAAGCCAGCGGGCUUCAGGCACAAGGACACUUGUGCCAUACCGACCUGAGAGCACAGGAAAUGCUGUUAACGCACACCCAGCUUGUUUCCCCAGCACACGUGGAUCUGCACAAGCCAUCUCGGGUAUCACAGGCAGCCCGGCCAACACCCUGAGGCUAUGGUACCGUCUCACAUUUCCCUUGGAAGCUGAGCAGUCAGGCCCAUUGUUUUCCUUCCUAAUCAAAGUAGUUGAGUUUAAGAAAGCCACUUUUUAACCCGCUGCUAUAAAAACAGAAAGUGAGGGCCAGUUGCAAGUUACCUAAAGCCAGGCCACCAUUAGCUCAGCAGAGGGGAGUAGGGAGAGAGAAGCCCCUUCACUUUUCCUUCUGAUUUGCAAGAAGGUAGCCCUCUCCCAAAAUGUGUCCAGACUGAAUGUUGUUACUACAUAUUAAGAAGCAGGUUAUGCAUAAGCAUUUUACCUUUCCCCUUUCCUGCUUAUGAGUACUUUUAAGCUUUUAGUUCCAGGUUAUGUUGAGAAAAUAUUACCCAGUGUAGUGUUACAUUGUUGCCUGAGAAAUAUUUUCAGUAUAAUUCCCUUCUCAGCUAUCCAAAUCCUACAGAGAAAUGUUUUCUACUUAGCCACUAUCAGGGUUCCUCGUCUAUUGCGUUGACUAUUAAUGGCUUUUUGAUUGGUUAAGGAUUUUGCUACAGAUGAAGGUAGAGGGCUGUCAGCCCUGAAAAACACACAAGUCAGACACGAAAGAGGCAUUGGUUUCAAGCUAUCUCAAAAUAUUGUCCAAUAGCCAUAACUAUACUAGCCCUUCUCUUAUAUGCUGCUGUUCAAAAGUGGGAGCUAUUGAAUAUUCAUGGGUGCCUGGGGUUUCACUCUCCCAUCUAGGUUCAGUUGAAGGUAUAUUGUUUCUAAGACCAUUUUGAAACUUGUCCAGUACAUUAUAAAUGAGAUCAAGGGUGGACCCUGCAGAUGUGGAGCCAUUAGCUCGGUUGAGGACAUUUUCCAAGUUGUCCUGAGCUGCUGAUGGAAAUGGGAAUGAAGUUAAGUGGUCUGAAAAACUUGAAUUGUUCACAUUUCUCAGCUCUGGGGGUCAUUUACUAGUUCAUUGUAGAAGAAAUAAUCAGGUAAGUAGAAGUUCAUUUCCAGAGAAGGUAAACCCCACUUACCAUCUCUGCGUGAUUUCAGUGGGAAUUGAUUAUUACUAAGCCCCAACUGGGCUAGAAUAAAUGUAAAGUUUGACCUUUUUAAAAACAAAAGAGAAACAAAGAAAGUCUCAACACAUUUAAAGGAAUGGUAGAAAAUGAGCUGAAGGUGUCCCUUGGCUCUGAAGCAAAAUAUCCCAAUUGUAGAUUAGUCUCUUCUCACUAAAAUUCACUUCUCAAUGUAGGGCCUGAAAGAACCUUUUGUAAAGAAGGCUGAGACCCCUUUGAAGUGGAUGAGGAGCGUGUGCAUGCACCUACACCUGUUGUGGACACAUGUGACCUCUUGGUCCACACUGGGGCUGCUUGGACAAGACCAGCAUGCCUUGCUGCACGUGUGUUUAUUUCACUGCUGAAAACAUCUUUUUACUUAUGUGCAAUUUGAAAGUGGAUGUGAAUUAUGUAUGGGAGGCCUUUUACACUUGUCGCCUGGCAAAAUUCUUUUUGGUGUCUCCUUCAAGACAGGGAUUCUCUUUGGAACUCUAUUGACAAGUAAUAAAGUCCAGCUCUCAUAACUUGUUUCUGAACUGGAAAAGACCCUGAGACCCCCAAAUCAUUCUGGUUUUUGCUUGAGUAAGAACAAUCUUUUUUUAUUUUUCUUUUGUAUAAUCUAAAGCUCCAGGAAAAAAAAAUGCACUCUUUGCUGACUCCUGGUACCAUUCCUUGGUGCCUGUGGUUGGUCUACUCCUUAUUUAGCACUUGAUUGUGUGUGGAGACAAAGGGCUUAGGGUAGAGGGAGGAUAGGGAAUACUGGGAAUAAUUAGGGCUAUUUUUUUUUCUUCCCUAGAACUGGAUUAGAUACCUUGAUAUUGUUGACCUCAUUAACAUCUUCCUUUUGCCUUAGAUGUCAAUACCCUCUGAAGUGGAGCAGUCCAACCCAGAAUAGUACAACCCUGAGGGCUGGGCUGCAAGCUGGAUUCUGGAGCAAUCCAAAGUACUUACAGGUAGAAAAUGGGAUGCUUAGAUACCCACCUCCUGUGACCCUCACAUUCUUUGAUGGUCAGUCACAUUUACCAUAUCACUUUCAUCCGCACUUCAAAUCUCCUUCCCCAUUUGGAUUUCAGCAAACUUUCAACUGCACCCAAUGGCUACAGCCUGAGUUGAUCUCCCUGGGCUUCAUCCACACAGCUGAUCACUGACGACCACAGCCCCUUACUUUAACCACAAUCUCAACAUAGUUCUGGAAAGACAGCCAUCUCUUAAGGGAAUAAGACUUGAGUUUUGCUUGUUGUUUUCUUUACCUGUAGUUCAUUCGUGAUGUCAGAAUCCUUGGAGCCAAGGAGAGAAAUCAAAAGAGCAUGAUUUUGUUUGCCUAAUUUCAGGUGGAACUUAUUGUGUUGAUACCUAGAAACCAUUCUAUUGAAAGUUGAGUACCUAUGAUCUGAAAUUUCCUGGAGGCAGAUGACAUCCGAAAUAUGUGCUUUCCAACCAGCCCAGCUGGUUCUCUUAGCCCCUGAUUGGCUGUGUUUGUGUGUGUUUUAUUAAGGAUCAAUACAGUAAAUAGUAUUUUAAAGUGUUAUCUCCCCUCCUAACACUUCCCCUUCUUCGACACUGAAGGGAAAGACCAACUAGGAGGUCAGACCUCUGGGUACCAAGGAAACUAACACCUUCCCAAAUCAGUAAUCACUCAAGCCCAACUCAGACUGAUCUGAGGGGUGGCCAGUAGACUCCAGCUAUGGGGACAGGCCUGGCAACAAUUUGUGAGCUUCCCUGAAAGCUUUUGGUUGGUUCAGUUCUUUGUUCUCUAGACUCUUAAGUACUGACUGCUUUGACUUUUGUGAUUACGUUAUGGUGAUGUGUAGUCAAUGUACCAAUAUGUUCACAGCCUAGGAUCAUGGUAAUAGAGUGUGUUUUGGUUUUUUUAACUGUUCAGAAAAAAGUAACUUAAAUUACAAAUAUAAGAUUAAAGUGAAUUUUCUAA